GCUCUCAGAGUCUCUCCGAGUUUCACCGAGAAUUGGCUUGAACAAACCUCCUGUCACGUAUGAAUUGGAGAUUUUUGAUAUGUUACGAAGAAGUAGUAGUCAAUGGACGUCAACAAUUCAAAAAUCACGAAUUAAUUUUGAACAAAAUUCAGCAAAUAGUCAGCCUGAAAAGAAAAUGAAACUAACAGACAGUGAGAAUAAGUGCCCACUCACCUUCGAGAUCCGUGCGGAGUGUUCGACGACGAAGGCAAGGAUGGGGCUCAUGCAACUCGUACACCACCACGUGGAUACUCCAGUUUUCAUGCCUGUUGGUACACAGGGUACAUUAAAAGGAUUACUUCCACAACAAUUAGAAGACUUGAACUGUCAAAUUAUUUUGGGUAAUACUUACCAUUUAGGAAACAGACCUGGACCGGAAGUAUUAGAUAAAGCAGGUGGGUUGCACAAAUUCAUGAACUGGAACAGAGCCCUACUGACAGAUUCUGGGGGAUUCCAAAUGGUAUCGUUAUUGAAGCUUGCAGAAAUCACGGAAGAAGGAGUGAAAUUUAAAAGUCCCUUUGACGGUUCGGAAUCCAUGUUAACACCUGAAAGAUCUAUUCAAAUACAAAACUCGAUUGGGGCUGAUAUAAUAAUGCAGUUGGAUGACGUUGUGUCAAGUACUACCACAGGACCAAGAGUAGAAGAAGCGAUGCAUAGAACAACAAGAUGGUUGGAUAGGUGUUUAUCUGCUAAUGAAAAACCUCAUGAACAGAGUAUUUUUCCAAUAGUACAAGGUGGCUUGGAUCCUGUUUUAAGGACAGAGUCUGCUAAGCAGUUGACUCAGAGAAAAGUCAAUGGAUAUGCUGUUGGUGGCUUAAGCGGAGGAGAAAGCAAAGAAGAUUUUUGGAAGAUGGUUCAUUUGUCAACAGAUAUUCUGCCUAAAAAUAAACCGAGGUACUUGAUGGGAGUUGGUUUUGCUGUGGAUUUAGUUGUUUGUUGUGCUUUAGGGAUCGAUAUGUUUGAUUGCGUAUUUCCAACCAGAACUGCAAGGUUUGGUUGUGCGCUUACACAUUCAGGGCAGCUGAAUUUAAAGCAAGGACAGUACAGUAUGGACAAAAAACCUAUUGAUGAGACGUGUUCUUGUAGUACAUGUCAGACUUACAGUCGCUCUUAUAUUCAUCAAAUAGUGACCAUAGAAACUGUCGCCUGUCAUUUAUUAACAGUGCAUAAUAUUGCAUUUCAAAUGAGACUGAUGAAAGAAAUACGCCAAAGUAUAGAGGAGCAAAGGUAUCCUCAGUACAUUCAAAAUUUUAUGCUACAGAAUUAUCCUAACAAAGACUAUCCCGAAUGGAUUGUUCAUGCUUUAAAAGCAGUAAAUGUACAAUUACUGUAAUUUUUGUAAUUAUUUAAUGUACAUUUUUUAAUCAAAACUUUUAAAU